UUUGGGGCCUCCCCUAUGGGGCUGCGCGCCCCACCUUUUUUUUUUAAACCCAAAAGUGCCCUACGGAAAGGUACUUUCCGUAUUCAAUUUAACUGAAUACGGAAAGGUACUUUCCGUAUUAUAUUUUGAUGAAUACGGAAAGGUAUUUUCCGUAUUUAACUCUGACAGGAUUCCCCCUUUUUCCACCAUUACUCCUCCCUCACCAACUUUCACCAACCCCUCACCAGCCCCCCUGAACCUCCUCAAUGCCUCCAGACCACCCUCUCUCUCACCCUCUCCUACCUCACUUUCAUUCCCAAGCUCUCCACCACCAUCCACUCCUUCAUUUCCCAAGCUCUCCACCACUACAACAAGUGUUGUAGUAGAGGUAAGUCUAUGUGUUUAUUUGUUGUUAUUUUGUAGGAUUAAGUAGUGGAAGUAGUUAGAUUAAGUAGUUUAAGUAGUUAGAUUAAGUAGUUUAAGUAGUUAGAAGGAUGGGUUUUUGAAUUCUGAGUCGUGAUAUAAUACGGAUUGUUAUCUUCCGUAUUGAAUAUGGAAAGGUACUUUCCGUAUUCAGUAUGGAAAGUAACAAUCCGUAUUCGGUAUGGAAAGUAUAUUUCCGUAUUGAGUAUGGAAUGUAACUUUCCGUAUUCUCUUCCAGGGAUGACAGAUUCAUUUUUCUUUGGUGAGUCACAAUUGAUUGAAGCUGGAUUUCACAAUGGUCAACCUGAAGAGGCCACUACAGAGGUGCCACCACCAGCAUUUGUGCCCCCGUGUAUAAGUAUAGAUGUCUCGCAUUUAUUUGCAACUGAUCAGAUUUUCCCUACCCGUGAUGAUCUUAUCAAUUGGGUUCAUGGAAUUGCGAUUGAAAAUGGAUAUGUUACGUUGAUCACAAAGUCAGAUUAUGGUGGGAAUGGAAGCAGAAAAGCUUAUGUCAUGUUGGGGUGCGAGAAGCAUGGUAAAUAUGUUCCUUAUAGAGACCCUGACCUUGUUGAAGGGACGAGAUCACAAAAGACAGGUUGUCCUUUUAGACUAAAAGGACGACCUAGGAAAAAUGGCAUAGAUAGAGAUUGGCGGCUAAAGGUGAUGGAAGGUAUACACAACCAUGAACCAGCUAGGUCACUACUUGGGCACAAUUUUGUUGGUCGUCUAAAACCCGGAGAGAAGGAGCAAGUGGGAAAAAUGACAAGGAGUUGGGUUCCACCGAGAAAGAUGUUGUUGACUUUGAAGGAAAACAAUCCUUCAAACUUGACUACCAUAUCUCAGAUUUAUGGUGUUUGCAAGAGGUUAAGAAAAUCCCUCCGCGGGGGAUUGACAGAAAUGCAACACUUGUUGAAGAAGUUGGACGGUGACAAGUAUGUCCACUUUGAAAGACAUGAGCCUGGAUCGGAAGUCAUUAGGGAUGUAUUUUGGGCUCAUCCAAAUGCUAUCAAACUGUUCAACACAUUUCCAUAUGUAGUGAUUAUGGAUUGCACAUACAAGACAAACAAAUAUGCAAUUCCCUUGCUUGAGAUUGUUGGACUGACUUCCACAGAUAAGACAUACUCCAUAGCCUUUUGCUACAUUGUUAAUGAGGGCACAGAUGACUACGUUUGGGCACUGGAGUGUAUGAAGUCUCUAUUAGCUGAUCAAGCCAUGUUGCCUAAGGUGAUUGUUACUGACAGGGAUCUUGCCUUAUUGAGUGCUGCUAAGCAAAGCCUUCCUAACACUACACAUUUAUUAUGCUUGUGGCACAUCAACAAGUGUGUUUUGGCAAAGUUCAAACUCUAUGUUGGCACAGAUGAUUUUGCUGAGUUGGUUAUGAUGAAGUGGGCAUAGGUGGUGGAUGCUGCAACAGUUGAAGAAUUUGAAGUGAAAUGGAUGCAAUUGUUUAAUAUGUGCAAGGCAAAAUACAGCAACUUUACCUCCUAUUGUUCUACUACAUGGUUGGUUCACAAGGAGAAAUUCGCCAAGGCAUGGACAAAUCAUGUGAUGCACUUUGGAACAACAACAAGUAACAGGGCUGAGGGUGCACAUGCCAGUUUGAAGAAGAUGUUACGGGAUUGCAAGGGUGACCUGGCCACUUCAUGGGAUGCGUCGCAUAGUUUGACAUGUAAUCGACAUACUGAAAUAUUAGCAUCGUUUGAGCGCAGUAUUCACAGAAUUGAUCACAUUUUCAUGUUCCCAUUUUACACAAAUAUUAGAGGAUUUGUGUCAAACAAAUGCCUGCAGCUCAUCGACGAUGAACAUAUAAGAAUGAAGUCCUACGGCAGAUGCGAUUGCUUGUUGAGAGAGACUCAUGGACUACCUUGCGGUUGUGAACUUGCAGGUUAUGAAAGAAUUCCAUAUGAGUCAAUUCAUCCAUUCUGGAAGAGACUGAGUUGGGAGCAUGUACCUGAACCUGUUGCAGAUACUACCAGCAACCAUAUUUGCGGCAUGAACCAUGGAGAUAUGCA